GCCAGGUAGGCUGCUAGCUGGCCGGCUAGCCAGGGUUAUUUUGCAAAUGGUUCUCUAACUUUUGAUUGAAUUUGUGGAGAUGAACAGUAACAGUCAAAUUAAAUGCCCUACAACUGAUAUCGUCAGAGAUCAUAGAAAGAUUUCCAUCAGUCUGCUGAAGCCCACAGGUGUACCAGUCCCGGAGUUUUCCCCCAUAUCUGGCCGCCGCGGGAAACGAGCAGCUGGGUCCACGUAGCAAGGCCACGAUCAUGAGGAGGUGACAGCAAGCGCCGUUCUGCCGGCAGAUUCAGCCUGGACAUAUGGCAAGGCUCAGCUUCUCCUGCCUGCUGCCUGCCUCCUGGCACUUCAGCGUGUCGCUGUUCUCCCUGGGCUGCGUGCCACGACAGAGGCUCUUCUGCCCGAUCUUCUUCGCCUGCCUCCUCCUCCUCCUCUUCGCCCUCUACCAGACGGACCGCUGGGGGCCGGCCCCUAGGGGGGGGCGAGUGAACAAGUACCUGUCCAUUGUCGAGAACAUGGAGGCAACGGACGUGGCCAACACUGCACUGAAUUAUGGGAUAGUGGUGGACUGCGGGAGCAGCGGCUCCCGAGUCUUCGUGUACUACUGGCCCCCCCACAACGGGAACCCCCACACCCUGCUGGACAUCCGACAGAUGAGGGCGCAGGACCGGACCCCUGUGGUCAAGAAGAUCAAGCCAGGUAUAUCCACACUGGCCCUCACCCCUGACAGGGCCAGCGACUACCUGCAGCCCCUCCUGAGCUUUGCAGCGGCUCACAUUCCCAAGAGGAAACACAAAGAGACCCCCCUGUACAUCCUGUGCACUGCAGGCAUGAGGCUGCUGCCAGAGAGCCAGCAGGUGGCCAUCCUGGAGGAUUUGGUCACGGACGUGCCGGUGGAGUUCGACUUCCUGUUCUCCAGCUCCCAUGCAGAGGUGAUCUCUGGGAAACAGGAAGGGGUGUAUGCAUGGAUCGGCAUUAACUUUGUGCUUGGCCGCUUCGACCAUGCGGAGGAGGGGGAAGAGGCAGUGGUUGAAGUUACCACGGGAGGGCAAAAUCAACAGCCAAUCAGUCGGCGGCGCACUGUGGGCAUCAUUGACAUGGGCGGGGCCUCACUGCAGAUAGCCUAUGAAGUGCCCAGUGCCAUCACUUUCACCUCACCUGAACAGGAGGAAGCGGCUAAGAGCCUGCUGGCGGAGUUUAACCUGGGCUGUGACGUGGAGCGCACACAGCACGUGUACCGCGUCUACGUCACCACCUUCCUGGGCUUCGGGGGCAACAUGGCCCGGCAGCGCUAUCAGGACGACCUGGUCAACGGUACCCUGUCAAAAAACAGGCUGACCGGAGACCUGACUGGGAUGGGAGAGACCACGCCCUUCCUGGACCCGUGCCUGCCACUGGGUCUGUCGGAAACGCUGGAGCGGGACGGCCGCGCGGUGUUCGUGCGGGGCCAGGGUGACUGGCCCCGGUGCCGGGAGGUCGUUCGGCCCCUCCUGGGCCAGCCCAACGGCACCGCGUCCCUAAGAGGGGUGUACCAGGCGCCCAUCAACUUCGGCAACAGCGAGUUCUACGGCUUCUCCGAGUUCUACUACUGCACCGAGGACGUGCUGCGCAUCGGGGGCCAGUACGACAGCGUCAAGUACUCCAAGGCUGCCAUGGAUUACUGCGCCACCAAGUGGACGACAUUGAAACAGCGACUGGACAGCAAGCUGUUCUCCUCACAAGCUGACCUCUCCAGGCUAAAGUCCCAGUGCUUUAAGUCGGCCUGGAUGUACGAGGUGCUGCACUCCGGCUUCAGGUUCCCACAGGACUACCCCAGCCUGAAGACCGCCCAGCUGGUCUACGACAAAGAGGUGCAGUGGACCCUGGGAGCCAUGCUCUUCAAGACACGCUUCCUGCCACUCAGGGACCUGCAGCAGGAGGCCUUCCGCCAGUCUCACUCCAGCUGGCUGCGCGCCUCCUUCGUCUACAACCACUACCUGUUCUUCGCCUGCAUCCUGGUGGUGCUGCUGGCCAUCCUGCUCUACAUCCUGCGCCUCCGCCGCAUCCACCAGAGGGAGCAGCGGCAGGCCGAGGCCCUGGACCUGCUGUGGGCCGAGGAGGGGGAGGCGCUCAUCGCCUGAGCGGGAGGGCAGGGGAGGGGAGGGAGGAGCCCUGAGCCUGAGGGGGGAGGGAAAGAGGGCAGGACACAGGGAAGAGCAGCCCAGAGGCUGCAGAGUGAGUGAGCAACGGAGGGAAGGGCCCGUACACUGAGGGAGGGAGGCAGGCAACCACAGCCUGGGAAAGGGAGAGAGGAAGCACCGCCUACAGCGUCGACAGGAAGUGCCUCCAGUCUGAUGAGGGGGACAGUGGGACCA